GCCCAGAGACUGGGGCCCCGCGGAGGCGGGAGCGGGGCCAUGGCUGAGGCGGCCGAGCCCACGGGCGAAUCCCAAGGCGCUGAAGUUAAAACCCAGCAGCCCACGGAAAAAGUCCUCGGGGCGCCGCUGAGGCGGGGCCCGCGCUCCGUGCUCAAAGUGUCCCAGUUGUUGCUCCGAGCCAUCGCCGCGCACAAAGGGCUGACUCUGGCCACUCUCAAGAGGGAGCUGGGAAACGCGGGCUACGAAGUGCGCAGGAGGUGCAGCCGCCACUCGGGCGAAGCGCCCAGGUCUGAGGUUAAGGGCACGUUCCUCCGGAUCAGCGGCAGCGACGCCGCCGGCUGCUUCAGGAUCUGGAAGAUUCCGAAGCCGAAGAGAAAGCCGGGACGCCCCAGGCUGGAGGAGGGCGUCCGCGCUCCGAGAAGGACCCCUCAGGUUCCGCGGAGCGCUCCACGGAGGCGCCACGCGCGUCGCAAGGCGGCCAAGAAGGCCAGGGAAAUAUGGAGACGGAGCACGAGGGCAGACGCAAAGGUGAGGCCAAGAGCCAGGGACCCGGUGCGUUCCAGAGCCAAGGAAGAAGUGAGGGCCAAGGUGAUGAAGGAGGGGAGAGGACGGACCACGAAGGAAGACCUCAGACCUAGGACCCGAGAAGAGAAGAGGCCAGGCUCCAAGGCCAAGGAAGAGAAGCAGCAGGACCCAGAGAAGUCUGUAAAACGGACCAUCCAGAGGUCAACCUCAGUGAAAACCGACCGCACUUCCAGCGGGCAGGGGAAGACCCACGACCCAAGGGCUGCUCGCACAAAGGCUUCCACUAAAUUUGAAGGUCCUGGGAAUGCAGCUGGGAAUCCGUAGUGUGGGAGCAACUUCCCUUCCUCCAGGCACAGAUGCCUUUCCCAUAGGCUCCAAUGAGAGCAGCUCUCACGCUCAUUGAAAUGGACAAAACUAUUUACAAGUCCUUUCCACCAUAUUGUGUCUGUUUCCUCUUUGCGGCACCUAGAAGGGAAAGGGUGG